UCGGGAGAUGAAUUCAGUGUCGUCCCGUCGUCGUAGAUAUUAUUACAUACAUAACAUUACAAAUCGGUGGUGCGCGCCGCUGAGUUAAAAUCUUAGAAGAUGCGCACCAAAAAUUGCUAUUGAAUUUAUUGCUAUUAAAAUCUUAGCGUUUUGGAUUGAUUGAUUACCGGGAAAAUGUCGAUGGACCUGCAACUGAAGGCGUCGUGCGGUGGAUGUGGAUCAACCACCGACCUUUACGGAAGCAAUUGCAAGCACAUGACUCUCUGUUUGACCUGCGGCAAGACCAUGGCUGAGAAAAAGGCCAAAUGCAUCGAUUGUGGCGCCACCAUCACUCGCUUGAUUCGAGAAUAUAAUGUUCGUGCAAGCUCAACCACUGACAAAAAUUACUUCAUUGGAAGAUUCGUGACUGGGUUGCCUAAUUUCUCUAAGAAGAAAAGUGCUGAAAACAAGUGGUCCCUGCAGAAGGAUGGACUGCAGAACCGCCAAAUUACUGACGCUUUGCGGGAGAAGUACAAGAACAAGCCUUGGCUGUUGGAGGAUGAAACGGGUCAGUCCCAAUACCAGGGUAAUCUCGAAGGUGCACAAUCAGCUACAUAUUACCUUCUCAUGAUGGAAAGGAAGGAGUUUGUCGCCAGGGUGGUGUUCCUCUGGUACAACUUUAACAAGGUUGCACAGUAUAAGCAAUUGACUCUGGAGGAAGCAGAAGAGAAAAUUAAGAAUAGAAAGAAAACUGCAGAUGGAUAUGAAAGAUGGAUGAUGAAAGCUGCAAAUAAUGGACCUGCUGUAUUUGGUGAACGUGCAAAAUUUGAAGAGAAGGAGAGCACUGCCGGGAAAGGCCGCAAAAAGGGUGGUGAUGAUGAUGAGGGUCAUGUCUCUGAUAAGGGAGAGGAGGACGAAGAGGAGGAGGCAACAAGGAAGCAUAGACUUGGACUUGAUAAAAGAGAUGGCGAUGAUGAUGAAGAAGGUCCAAGGGGAGGUGACCUUGAUCAGGAUGAUGAUGAUAUUGAGAAGGGUGAUGAUUGGGAACACGAAGAGAUUUUCACUGAUGAUGAUGAAGCUGUUGGCAAUGAUCCCGAGGAAAGGGAAGAUUUGGCUCCUGAAGUUCCUGCUCCUCCUGAAAUCAAGCAGGAUGAGGAGGAUGAGGAUGAAGAUAAUGAAGAUGGAGGUGGUCUGAGUAAAUCUGGGAAAGAGCUGAAGAUGUUGCUUGGACGAGCUGGUGGCAUGAAUGAAUCUGAUGCCGAGGAUGAUGACGAUGACGAAGAUGAGGAUGACGAUGCUAGCAUCCCUGCUGCAUUUGCUCCAAAGCAGAAGGAUGCACCUAAGGAAGAGCCAGCUGACAAUAGUCCGAUAAAACCUGCAGCAUCAGGAACUGCUCGGGGAACUCCCUCUACUUCUAAGUCUUCAAAGGGGAAGAGGAAAUUAAAUGAGGAUUCAAAAGCAUCUAAUAGUGCACAACCAAAGAAAGUUAAAACAGAAAACGAAACAAAACCAACUGUGAAAGAAGAAAAUGGGUCUGCAUCCAAAAGUAACGGUCCUUCAAAGGGUACAUCACCAGCACCAUCAUCAAAGGCAGGGUCUUCUUCUGCAGCUUCUGGACCCGUGAGUGAAGAAGAAAUCAGAGCUGUUUUAAUGCAAAAGACUCCAGUAACCACACAAGUUCUCGUAGCCAAAUUCAAAGGAAGACUAAAAACUUCUGAGGAGAAAACGGCUUUUGCGGACCUCCUGAGGAAAAUGUGUAAGAUACCGAAGGGUAAUGGAGGAUCCCGUUAUGUUAUUUUAAGAGAUAAAUGACAAAAUUGACAAUGGGAUGAAAAGAAGCUAUUACAACCAUAGCGCCAUUGUUCCAAAAGCGUUGACAAAUUUUAUAUUGUUAUCGUUUGCGGUUUUUAGCCCUCAAAACCCCAGAAAACAGGGAGAGGCAGCUGUUCUAAUUUUUGUUGUUAAUUGUUUUUGAGACACUAUAUAUGACACAUAUCAUUGAGGUUAUUCAGUGUGUAAUUCAUUGUACAUCAAUAUUGCACAUGCGCUAUUCAUGAACUGUUUUAUUAAAAACAGAUGACAGGAGGAAGCAAUGACGCUAUUUCUUUCUGCUCAGGAUGCAGCUGUUUAUAAUUGUGAUGUAAUCUGCGCAAAAAGUUAUGACAUAUUUUUAGUUUUUAACCCA